GCCGAGACGGAAACCAGAAUCGCCUUGGGUCAUAUCGGGAAGAUGGCAUCCUCCGCCUCCGCUCGGCCUUCGGCUGGGAAGCGAGUAGUAAGUCAGGAUGAAUUGCGGCGCUUGAUGAGAGAGAAGCAGCGUCUGAGCACCAACCGGAAACGGAUAGAAUCUCCACUUGCGAAGUACAACCGUUUGGGGCAGCUGAGCUGUGCCCUGUGUAACAUUCCGGUUAAGAGCGAGCUCCUGUGGCCGACUCAUGUCCUGGGAAAGCAGCACCGAGAGAAAGUAGCCGAGUUGAAAGGCGCGAAGGAAGCCACCCAGGGGCCUUCUGCCAGCGCAGUGCCUCAGUCCGCCAAGAGGAAGGCGCCGGACGCAGAUAGCCACGAUGCCAAAAGAGCGAAGGCCUCUCCGGUGCCCCAGGUACAUCCCUCCACGUCCGCUUUGCCCACCAACGUUGACAAAGCGGGAAAGGAGUCCACUAGAGCGAACCUUGGUAAGUCUUCCGGACUCGGUUUACUCCCUGAUUAUGAAGAUGAGGAAGAGGAGGAGGAGGAGGGAGAAGAAAGAAAAGGGAGGGACGCCAGUAUGCAGCCGCCCGACGCACAAGGCAAGGAACACUCGCUUUCCUCUUCCCGGGAGGCAACAAGUAAUAUGCUGCCAAGCGAUUUCUCGAACACAAAUCCUCCCAAGGCCCCUUUAAUUCCUCAUUCAGGGUCAAUUGAGAAAGCGGAAAUACAGGAAAAAGUAGUGGAAAGGAGAGAAAACACCGCGGAAGCAUUACCGGAAGGUUUUUUUGACGACCCUGAAAUAGAUGCGAGGGUUCGAAAGGUUGAUGCCCCAAAAGAUCAGAUGGACAAAGAAUGGGACGAAUUUCAAAAAGCCAUGAGACAGGUCAACACUAUUUCCGAAGCCAUAGUUGCUGAAGAGGAUGAGGAGGGACGGUUGGACCGGCAGAUUGGGGAGAUCGAUGAGCAAAUAGAGUGUUACCGUCGGGUAGAAAAGCUGCGGAAUCGCCAGGAUGAAAUAAAAAAUAAACUUAAAGAGGUUCUGACCAUAAAAGAACUGCAGAAAAAGGAAGAAGAGAAUGUUGACAGCGACGAUGAGGGAGAACUACAGGAUUUGUUGUCUCAGGAUUGGAGGGUGAAAGGGGCUUUGUUAUAGGGUUUCGAGGACCCAAGAUUUCUAACACCGCCCGUGACUGUAUAAAAAGUGCUGUCUCUCAAUAUAAUAUCGGUUUCUCUAUGCCUGGAGGUUUGAUAUCUUACCUGAGUUGUUGCGUUACAACGAGCCUGUGAAGAUAGCUCUUUAGAAAAGUAGUGUGAAAUAUUUUUGAGGUGAAGUCGUUUUGAAAUUUUUGAAGUAUUAUUAUAUGCCAAAAGGCCAAUUUUUUCACAUUUACGGACUUAAAUGUAUAAUUUUGUGUCUGAAAAUCUGUAAGCCGUAAAUAUUGUACAUAGUUAAAUAUAUAUUUACUUAAAUAACUCUUGAAAUUUGUAAAUUAAUAGAAGACCAACAGACAAGCUUUUAGAUGCGUACCAAGUGUGGUAUUUAUCUUUUCUGACUCCUUAAGUCAAACUCAAGAAGGUAGAAGGGAGUUUUGGUUUUGGUUUUUAAGAACACUACUUGUAGAUACAUAGUUCAUUCAGGGCUAAUGAGUUCUCUGAGUAUUCUGUUUCUGUUUCAUAAACUUGCUGUAGGAGAACAUGGUGAAAAAUACAUGCCAAACAUGA